AUGUCCACCCCUACCUUGAUCAAUCUCCCCCCUCCCCCCUCCGACCCGGUAACUCCAUCGGAUAUGGGACCGGGAACUCCCAACUCAGCCACCACCUCUCUCUCCGCCUUGUCCACCACCGCCAUCAAAGACGGUCACCAGGGCCAGCCCCAUCCUCACGGCCACCAUGCGCACCACUCCUCCAACACAUCCAUGAGCUCAACCACCACCCUGGAGGCUGAGCGCGCCGACCGCAUCUCCCGCCUAGCCGGUCUAGAACGGGUUGCUACCGCACGGGCCGGCGGCGCAGGACACCCCACCACCGCUCCCUCUGUUGCAUACACACCGGGCUACUUCGACACAGCCUCCGGCAUGAAAGAGAGGAGCACGGUAGGCAGUGCCAGCGCCACGGGCAGCGUAGGCGCCCGCACCACCUGGGCCAGUGGUAGCGACGCCUUCGACGCCGACAAGAUGAGCGAGGCCGACGACGGCGUGUCCAGCGUCGGCAACAUCAGUGACGAAGGAGACGCCAGUCUCGUUGGCUUCGGGGAGGGCGCAAGCACCAUGAGUGGUCCGAUCUCACAUCCCGGUCUCUAUCGGACGUCCUCGAGUGGCCGGCCGAGCUCAAUCGGCAGCCCGAGCCGCAGCCGGGCUACCCCCAUGGCGCCUUACUCGCCUCACCUUAGUGACAGCGGUCACCCUAUCCAGCAGCAUGCCAUACCCGGGAGUACAUCUGCUACCCCGGAGCCGGUUCAAGAUGCACGUAUGGUUGAUGGGAUGACCUACGAUGCCGAUGUCGUUGACACGACUGCGAGGACUCCACGACUAGCUACCCCCGGAUUUGAGGAGCAUUGA